AACGCAAGCGGUUGUUAGCGCAUGAUUUGAAACACCUGCCAAGCGGAAUCAAGUUCGCAAUGCGCAGGAGUGGGCACUGAGUGGACGGAGCCCGUCCAUCUCGUCAUACCGUCAGCGUCCGACCGGAAUGGCGUACACGUGCCUGCGUUCGCUCUUCGUUCUAACUUUGUUACAACUAUGCCGAGCUGAAAUAUCGGAUUCGUUACCAGAAUCCUGGUAUUCCGCAAACGUGAUCAGUGAUGGCUUCCAACCUAAACCAAUAUCGGAGAUAUUUUCAACCGGGCCGCCAUUUUCCACAACAAAUCCAAUUGUUGUUUUGCCGAAAGAAUCCAGUUCCGUGCCGGACGAGAUCUUGUUAUUAUCAACGUUAGCACCGCCAAGGAAAAUUUCAACGACUGGGUCUUCAGAAUUUACAAAAAUAUCAACGGCAGCAUUAGAGUCUUCGACGCCGCUACCUCCGACGUUCCACACGAUACCACCUUCAUCAGUACAAACAUCACUACCAACUACAUACCAAACAACACCAUCCACAUUUCUACCCUCGUCUUCAACAUUUGCACCACCAUCAUCGUUUUUGCCAUCGUCAUCUACUUUCCUACCUUCACAAUCAACUACGCAGCAGCCACCAAUAGUAACAGAUACCACAAAAGUAACUCUACCGUCGUCCCAGUCAACAUUUUCGUUCCAACCAGAGCUACAACAAACCACUUUAUCACUACCACAACCACAACCACCAUCUUCAUCCCAACUUUCGCAACAAAUACGACUGGAUCUAGCUCCUCAAGGGCUCUCAAUACAAACAAAUGCUCCUGCCCAGAACGUGCCACAACCCACAGCAGGACCACAGUCUAACUACUUUUUGGUGUACCAACAAGCGCCGCAGUCCAUUCAAGGUUUUCCAACUGGAACGUCGCAAGAAGCACCUCAAUUCAGUACAGCUGCUCCCAGUACUAGUACAGGAACACCAGCAACGGUGAUCAUUCAACCAGCCCCGACGGUGUCUCCCCCUUCCACUCGUACUACGCCACCCUCACCAACGACUCCACUCCCAUCAACAACUCGAGUGCAAACGAAACCGACAGCAAGAACUAAUAGAGGUUGCAAUAACGUUACAAACAAUCUUCCAGCGUCGAGGUUAUCAGAAUUAGGACCUCUAAGAAUCAGAGUGCUUGCCCCCAGUGGUUCUAUAACGAACGUCAAUUUUGUCGCUAAAACCACGACCACGAAAAGACCAACUACUACCAGAACUCGAAAAACCAGCAAACCUAAGAAAAAUACUUACGAGUUUUGUAUAGACGGCUGCAGAGGGAAGAGGGAGCCAAUAUGUGCUGCCCCACUUUCCACUACCUUCCUGGAUCCCAAAACUUUGAAGGGCUUCCCGUCGGUUUGUCAUAUGGCUUGCCAUAACUCCUACAGAAAAGAUCCUUUUGAAAAGGUCCUGGACGGUCGCUGUGGCAGGCUCCGCACGCGAAUCAAGACAGUCGACUCCAACACAAAGUUGAAGAGAGAUGAAUUAAACAAGGCACAGUAUUUCCUCGACAACAGCGGUGGUAAAACUAUCGUUGAAGUUUCACCUUUAAAAUAGAAUAAAAAAAUAUUUAGAAGUACCUACUUACUUGUAAGAAAAUGAUGCAAACAUUUAGUAUAUUACCCACCUGGUCGAAACAUGAAUGGGACUCAUGUGUAAAAACUUAAGUCAGAUGUUAGUACUUAAGUUCUUUAAAACCAUUGCUUCUACAAGUACUGAACUAUAUAGUAUCAAGGGAUAAUGGCGUUUUAUACUCGAUUAGGAUAUUUAACCCUCAAUGAGCUUCCCUUACAUUUAAGUGAACGAACAAAUAUUUUAGAAUCGAGUAUGGAGAAGCGACUCAACAUCGAUGUAUUGAGAAUAGAAUAAGUUAUUAAUUUAGUGUUAGUAAAAUUGUUAUUAAUUUAGGUGUACAUGAAAUUAUGCAAGAGAUUAUGUGUUGUAAACUUGUAUCGGUGUUUUAGAGGCGGAUCUAGAUUUCCAGCAAUUUUAGCUUACAUUAAAAACUGCUACUUAAUACAUACCUUAAAAUAACACCAUUGUAAGGGGGAUUUUUUACUACUCAAAAGUCAUAGAAAUCUAUUGGGAAAUAGAUAUAAAACAAUAGGGUUCUAAUAAAAAUAAUAUGAUGUUGCUGUUUCGUGCAAUAGGAAAGUACCUAAGGGGUAGAAAAUAUGAUAAUAUUUACUAUUUACUGGAAACACACACAUAGAUCGGUAUUGAACUUUAAACAUAUCAUAGCUGGUGUUACUAUCAUUCUUUUGUCUAUAGAAUACAAAAAAAUACAUAGACAGUUGUAUUAUCUAUCAGUUUCUAUAAGGCGCCUGUAAAAUUGGCCAUUACACUGUAUUUUUAUCUUAUUGAACUUUACUUUUUAUGAUAAUCACAAACAUGACUGCAAUUUCGACUGAUUUAUUUAAGCUGAUAGUUUUAUUGAGAUUUCGUAACUACUGUUCAUAAAGUGCAUUAGGAAAAAUAAACUUAAUUGAUAAUACAAUAAAAUUGUUAAUAAAUUGAGACUUUUACUGCACUUAAAGUUGAAAGUAAUGAUAUUAUACAACUGCGUUUUCUACUUGUGUAAGACAUGUUUUCUUUUUAAUUCCGUCCAUAAAAUGUACAUAAAUAUUACUUAUUUAAUAAUGAAUAAAUAAACACGUUUUACAAU